AUGGUUAGCAUGAAAACUCUGAGCACAUUUGUGCUCCCAGGACUCGCAAGUCACCUCUCUAUGGUGGCAGCGGCCGGACAAACAUGCGAGAACGGAAUACGCCCAUACUCAGCAUGGUUGGCCGACAGUAUCAUCGCUCGCAAAGAUGCGCUGUUGAACGUUGGCACUGAAAAUGAUGUCUCACUCUCCUUGAAGCUUGGACUGUUCCAACUUAGCGUUAUCCAUCUAAAGGAGUACUAUGAUGCUGCAUCAUGUGCGAAAGAGGACUGGGAUGCAUAUCUGAAAGAGGCUACCGAUAGUAUCCUUCCCACAGUCUUAGACGUGGAUGGCGAUAUCGAGGCUCCCAUGGACGUAUUUGCCACGGCUAACGGGCUGUACUACCAAUAUGAGAAGUCCGGCCACGAGAGUUACAAGCAGGGCCUCGAUGCUCUGAGGAAGGCAUACGACGGCAGGAAACGUAACUCGGAGGGCGGCUUUUGGUACUAUAACGCCCGGCCGAACCUCAGCUACUUGGAUGAGACCUACCCCUUGGGCGCCUUCACUACCGUAUACAAGAAUCGCUUCGAGCCCACCAACGGCACCCUGGCCGAGAACCUCAGCAAAGACCUUAAUCAAUUCAAGGACCAUUGUCACCACGAUACUGGCUUGAUGGCGCACGGCUACGACGCCUCGAAGUCAGCACCAUGGGCCAACAAGACUACUGGUGCAAGCCCGUACGUCUGGGAUCGCGCCCUCGGUUGGUACCACAUGGGUCUUGUGGAGCUUCUCCACAACGCAGACCAAUUUCCUGGCCUUUUCAACCAGACGCAACGAGACGACGCCUACAAGAAGUACUACAAUCUUGCCAACACGAUCAUCAACGAUGUAGACGAGACCACGGGGUGUUGGUGGCAGGUGAUGGAGCAUGGAGGGGAGCAAGGCAAUUAUAUUGAGACGAGUGGAUCGGCUAUGUUCACAUACUCAAUUCUCAAGGGUGUGCGGCUGGGCUAUCUGACGGGUGUUCACCCCGAGAGUGGCAAGGAUUACAAACAGACGGCGGAGAAGUGCUAUAGUUGGCUGCUUGAGAAUCGAGUGGUCCGGGAUGACAGCGGCACAUUGAGUGUGAAUGGCACAGUUGGGGUCUGCACUUUAGAAGACCCGACAUAUGAGUACUACACUACCCAGCCGUUGUCAUAUAACAGUGUGUUCGGGGCGGCCCCGUUGGUGAUGGCGAGCUUGGAGCAUGAAAUGGCUGCCAAUGCGGUGAGCUCCUGAGCGAUACGUAGCAUGACCGAAAAUAUCUCAGAAUAUUGAGGGGAAACUGUCGGAGAGUUUAUUUAAUGGACAAUGGUAGAUGUUUUUGCUCACAAAGCAGUAGGAUCAAGAGGAAAG